AUGUCAAAUACUUUUCUAGAGCGCGACUCUUUCUAAUAAGCUAUCAGUUAUAAUAUAAGACUGACAAUUAUUUGUUUUUAUGUUAAAUGUGUGAUAAAGAUUAAUGAAUAAAAACAAUACGAUGGAAUCAAAUAUUUUCCCUAUAGAAGAAAUUCAAAUCAAAGAAGAACCAAUUGAUUGUUAUCCUAAUACAGAUUGGAACGAAAAUACUUGCGAUAAAGUUUUAAAAGUAGAAAUUAUAGAAUCAGAGACUACCGAAAAUCAAUUAUGUAAAGAAUGCGAAGCUGUUUUCAUUAACGAGCGUGAACUAACAAUCCACAAAAUGAUCCAUUCUACAGAUCACACUUGUUUUAUUUGUAAAAAAUUUGUUAAAAACAAAUUCCAAUUCGUGGGACACGUAAGGAAGCAUAUGUGCGCGAAACCUUUUAAAUGCAUUGAAUGCGAAAGGACGUUUCCAAGUUUAAGAGAAACCAAAUUACAUCUGAGGGUUCAUAGUGAUGAUAGACCGUAUAUGUGUACUGAAUGUGGUAAAGCUUUCAAGCAAAUAUCUACGUUGAAAGAUCACGAAGUUGUGCAUACAGGGGAGAAAAAAUUCAAGUGUAAGAUUUGUGAGGGUGCUUUUGCAACUGCCACAAGUUUAAGACGUCACAUUAGAGUAAUGCAUGAAACUCUUCGGUCUUUUCUAUGUCAUUUUUGUAAAGAAAGUUUUACUAGUCAACAAGCAUUGAAACAGCACUUGGUUAUACAUAAAGAUAUCGAUUCAUUCAUUUCCGAUGAAUUUACAAAUAGAAAUCGACAUGUAGAUCAAAAAUCUUCUGGAAUUUGUGAAUACUGCGGUAAUAAAACUUUUUAUUUUGGCUUGAAGGAUCAUAUUGAGAAGGUUCAUCAACCCAGGUCUUGUGAUAUUUGCAACUUAGUUUUUUACGAUGAAAAAUCGAUGGAAAACCACAGGAAAAAUCAUUUAGAAGAAUCCGUUAGAGAAGAUUAUUCGUGUCAAGUUUGUGGUAAAAUUUUUGAAUUUCCCAGGUAUUUGAAGGCUCACAUGAAACGCCAUCAAACAGAUUAUAAAAAAUUCAAAUGCGAUUUAUGUUUGAAAUUGUUUUCUUCAAAACGAGACCUAAGGAAUCAUUUGAACGUUCAUGCUGAUGUUAAAAAUUAUUUUUGUAAAAUUUGUAAUAAGGCUUUUCGAACACAACAAAGUGUAAGCAAACAUCUGCCUAUACAUUCGGAGAAAAGACCUUUUAAAUGUACACUGUGCGAUAAAAGAUUUAAAAAACAAUCUAUAUUGAGAAAACACAGUUUUACACAUUCCAAAGUUCGCGCAUUCGGUUGCGAUUUAUGCGACAAACACUACAAAACUAGGGAAUCUUUGAGGGUACAUAAAUUAACAGUGCAUCAAAGGAAAAAUAGAAAAUGUAAAAUAUGUAAAAAUUUAUUUCGGUUUGAUUCGGUUUACAAAAACCACAGAUGUUUCGCUAGAUAUAAAUUCGAUAUAACGAAACGACAUUGCAAUUUCUGUAGGAGGUUUUGCAAAACUGCUAUUACAUACGUUCAUCAUUUAAGAAAACAUUCCAAAGAUAAACUUUUCGAAUGUGAAAUUUGUAAAGAAAAGUUCAAAUACCAGUACCAAAUAAAAAUACACGAAAACGUCCAUAGCAAAUUAAUAAGUAAAUUUGGUACAUAAAUUGAAAUAAAUGAUGUUUUCUAAUAAUAAAAACGUCAUAAUUCAUAAUUCACUUUAUAAUAAAUAAAUUAUUCUGUAAAUUUGAACUACCGGUAUAAAUAUUUAUUUAUACCGGUAGUUCAAAUGACCCACUAUCUUAAAAUGUGUUUUGUAGUGCCAUCCAUGUGAAUUUCAACAUACAUUCAAAUUAAUUAGUGAAAAAUGAAGAUAUUUCAAUUUUUAACAUCUCAAUUAGUAAAUUUUGACCAUUUAGACAUUAAUUAAUACAAUCCGCAACUUAGUAGAUGUCAUGUUAUAUUACAAAACGUAAGUUGUAGUAAUUCUUGCAUCUCCCUCAACUGAAACCUAAAGAUUUUUGAAUAUUUCAUAUUCAAAUUACUAAAUUUAGGUCGUAUAAGUAUUAAAUGAUGUACUCUACAACUCGGUGGAUGUUAUGUGGUAGUUCAAAUGACCCACAGCCUUAAAAUGUGUAUUGCAAUGUCACCCAUGUGAAUUUCAACAUACUUCCCAAUUAAUUAGUGAUAAGUGAAGAUAUUUAAAUAUUUAACAUUUCAAUUAGUAAAUUUAGACCAUUUAGACAUUAAAUAAUACACUCCCCAACUUAGUAAUGUCAUGUUAUACUACAAAAUGUACGUUGUAGAAAUUCUUACAUCUCCCUCAACUAAAACCUGAAGAUUUUUGAAUAUUUCAUAUUCAAAUUACUAAAUUUAGGUCGUAUAGGUAUUAAAUGAUGUACUAUACAACUCGGUGGAUGUUAUGUGGUAGUUCAAACGACCCACUACCUUAAAAUGUGUUUUGUAGUGCCACCCAUGUGAAUUUCAAUAUACAUUCAAAUUAAUUAGUGAUAAGUGAAGAUAUUUGAAUUUUUAACAUCUCAAUUAGUAAAUUUAGACCAUUUAGACAUUAAUUAAUACACUCCACAACUUAGUAGAUAUCAUGUUAUACUGCAAAAUCUAUGUUGUACUAAUUUCCAAUGAUAACCUGAAGAUUUUUGAUUUUAAAUUAUUAUUUUAUUAAAUUUGGGCCAUUUAGACCUAAAUUGAUACACUCUACAACUCGGUACACAAUAACACCUGAAGAUAUUUGAACUUUUAUUAUUUCAAUUACUAAUUUUGGGACAUUAAUCAAGCUAUUCUAUAACCUGGUAGACAUCAUAUUGUAGCUGAAGUGAUUUAAAGCCAUAAAAAAUAUAUGGAACAUAUUCUUACUUGCCCUCCAACCAAAAUCUGAAGAUAUUUGAAUUAUUGAUAUUUAAAUUAAUGCAUUUAAGGCAUUUAGACAUUAAUACACUCAGUAGAUUUCAUACGGUAGUUCAAAUGACCCACAGUAUUAAAACAUAUGUUGUACCAAUUUUUAUUUGCUUUCUAUCUAAUACCUGAAGAUGUUUAGGCCAUUUAGAAAUUAAUUAAUAGAAUCUACAAGAUUCGAUAGAUAUGUGGUUGUUCAAAUGACCCACAGUACUAAAAUGUAUGUUGUACCAAUUUUUACUUGCUCUGAAACUAGUACCUGAAGAUGUUUAGGCCAUUUAGACAUUAAUUAAUAGGAUCUACUCGAUACAAUAGACAUGUGGUAGUUCAAAUAACCCACAGCCUUGAAAUGUAUGUUAUGCGAAUUCUUACAUAAUAAUAUUUGAAGAUAUUUGUACUUUUAUCAUCUCACUUACUAAAUUUUACCCUUUUCUAUGUUAUACAGGGCCCGUUAGUGAAAAAGGAUUAUUAGUAAAAACUUUUGUAGCUCUAUUUAAUCAAGUUUUUUGAACAAAUAUAUGCAACCAAAGUGUAUAUAAAUUAAUAAAAAAGUUAUUUG